GAUUUCCUAAUGUGGAAAACAAGUGACAAGCCCCAAUUAGCGCCGCUUAAAAGGCAGGAGAUUCCCUCUGGGCAAGAAGCCUGUGACCUUCAAUUCCUCAGAGAAGUGAAAGCUUGCAGAAGGAAGGAAGCCAGUUAUUCCUGCUGUCUGCACCCUACCAACACCACAGGCUGCACCAGAACUUGGCUGUGCUCGGAGCACCAGCAACUCGCCUAGCUGCACCUCGCUCCUGGCGGGAGAAGGGCCCCGACAUGGCAGGAAGACUGGGGGUCCCCCUGAAGCUGCUGCUGCUGCUGCUGCUGCUCACCCUGGACAGCAGCCAGGCCUUGAGGAUCUGCUCCUUCAACGUCUUGUCCUUCGGGGAAGCCAAGAUAGGCAACUCCAGGGCUAUGGAUGUUAUUGUGAAGGUCAUCAGUCGCUGUGAUAUCAUGCUUCUAAUGGAAAUCAAGGACUCCCAAAACAUCAUUUGUCCCACCUUGACGAAAAUGCUGAAUGGGAAAUCCCGAAAAGGCACCAAAGACUACAACUGCAUAAUUAGCAACCGGCUGGGAAGAAAGGCCUACAAGGAACAGUACGCUUUUCUCUAUAGGGAAAAUGUGGUAUCUGUGAAGAAAAGCUAUCACUAUCAUGACGCCCAGGAUGGAGAUGAAGACGUCUUUUCCCGAGAACCUUUUGUAGUCUGGUUCCAUUCUCCUAAAACUGCUGUCAGAGAUUUUGUGAUCAUCCCUCUGCAUACGACACCUGAGACGUCUGUUCGAGAAAUCGACGAGCUCUUUGAUGUCUACAUGGAUGUAAAACGUCGAUGGAAGCCUGAGAACUUCAUCUUCAUGGGAGACUUCAACGCUGGCUGUAGUUAUGUCCCAAAGAAGUCCUGGAAGGACAUCCGGCUUCGGAUGGACCCCAAGUUUGUCUGGCUGAUCGCUGAUAAUGUGGACACAACAGUCAAGGAGAGCACCAAGUGCGCCUAUGACAGGAUCGUGGUCCAGGGCCAGAAGAUAAACAGUUCCAUUGUUCCAGAUUCUGCCAAGACCUUUGACUUCCGAAAAGCCUACAGGUUGACUGAAGAGGAGGCUCUGCGUAUCAGUGAUCACUUUCCUGUGGAGUUUGAACUGCAGCCUGGGGAAAGCUUCACUAACUUUGUCAGAUCAUUUGUUCCCCAAAAAAAGAGAGGAAGGAAAAAGUCACAGCGUGGCUAGAAGCACGAGUUGAUUCUUAAUAACUCCCUCCUUUUAUUUUCCUUUUUAAUAACAAAAAAGCCCCAUGGAAACCAUCUAACCCAUCUACGCCAGUUUGACCAUGUUCCUUGAAGAGAAAAGGGGCUGGAUUUAAAGCCAAAAGGACAUGGAUUAAACCCCAGCUCUGAGACUUUUUACCCGUGUGACCCAACUGUAUCUCCUUAUCCUCAGUUUCCUCUUCUGUAAAAUGAGAGAAUUGGGCCAAGGUGACACCUGAGAUCCCUUCUAGCUCUAGAUCAGAGAACCCAUUAGGGAAUAAGUGUUCAUAACCUCUGACCCAGUCCACAGUGACGAAAACAAAGCUCCCUUACAAACCAAAAUAUUUACAGCAAUAUUUUUUUAUGGCAACAAAUAAGUGGAAAUCAAGUGGUGCCCAUCAAGUAGGGAAUGGCUGAACCAACUGUGGUUAAGUCAAUGUAGUGGAAUAUUAUUUAGCACAAAUGACAGAUAACAUUAAAUUCAGAGAAACCCGGGAAGAUUUGCCUGAACUGAUGCAGAAUGAAAUAAGAAGCGAAAACCAAUCAAUGACAAUAGUAUUAAAGAAAAUAUCUCUCAAAGGACAACAAGUUUUUGAGUAACCGAAAAACCAGUAAUGGUCCUGGACACUGGAUAAUAAAAUGUGGGUAUUUAAGGGCUGGAUGUUUCCCACAUUAUCAGAGGAGAUCGCUCUAUCAGUUGUUUUUGCUUAAUUGGGUUUCUUUGUUCAUUCAGUUCAAUUUAACAAGCAUUUCUAUAUGUGCCAUAUUCUGGGGAUAUGAAAUCAAUAUGAGACAAUCCCUAUCCUCAAAAAGCUUGCUGUUGAGCUCAUAUUCUUUGUCAUCCAGUGUUUGAUUGGGGAUGGGGUUGGGAUUAGGGAGGAAGGUCAGGAAGUCUAAGGGGAUAGAGUAUAUCCAGCAAUGAUUGUGAUUUAGAAACUAAAGGCUUUGUCUGGAUGCAGAUUGAAGAAUACUAUUUUCACUGUUUUUGUUGUUUUUUCUUUCUUGUGGUCUUUUUCCUUUUAUGGAUUCUUCUUUUAUACCAUGACUAAUGUGAAAAUAUGAUUAAUAUGCUUACAUACCGUGUAAUCUUUAUCAAAUUGCUUUCUGUUUUAGGAGGGAGCAGAGGGAGGGAAGGAGAAAAAAUUGAAAUUGAAAAUGUUAUAAAAAUGAACGUUAUGUAUGGGACUACUUGCCAUGUAGGGGAGGGGAUGGAGGGAAGAAGGGAACAGAAGGUUUUGCAAGGGUCAGUGUUGAAAAAUCACCCAUGCAUAUGUUUUGUAUAUAAAAACGCUCUAAUAAAAAAUAAAAAUUUUAAAAAGUGAA